GGAAAGCACAAAACCCGCGGAACUGUUCAAUGGGGCGAUACAGCUCAAUGUUCCGUGAAGACACCCCACUUAUCUGACUGGAUGCUUUUGAAUGAAACGUCGAAGCUGUCUGUUGAGCAAGUACAUGAUGUCGAAAUCUGGUUCAGCAUCACAUAAACCAGCCAAGAGCAAGAACACACCACCCUGUGGUUCAAUCUCCAGCAUCCUUAAAGGAACUCACAUCGAUGAAGAAGUCAAGAUAGCAGUGAACCUCUGUCUGGAGAAGUUUCGCUACAGUGACGAAAAUGAGAUGGAAUUUCCCUCCUCCUUUACCAGUACUGAGAGGGCUUUCGUUCAUCGACUGGCACAGUCCCUGGGUUACAUUUCUAAGAGCAAAGGAAAAGAACCACAUCGUUUCCUCACCAUCAGGAAGAAGAAUGGUUUAGAGAAACCUCGGCCAACCAUGCUUCUCACAGUCUCCCACAAUUCCUUAUAUUUCAUUCGCAGCUUACUUCAGAGGUUUCCCACCAAUAAGGAACGUAUAGACAUGCAGCCCUACAUCACAAGUGGUAUGUCUGUGGCUGCUGAACCUGAUAAUAGUUAUGACAAGAACAAGGCAAGCGGCCGCUUAAACAAUGGCAUACCCAUGGUGCCUCGGAGGAGGAAUCCGUCAGAACUGGACAGUUUUCGAUGCUCUCUGCCUGUGCAUGAACGCCAGGAGGAGAUCAUCCAGCUCAUCAGAGAAAACAGGGUGGUGCUGGUAGAGGGAGAGACCGGUUCUGGAAAAACUACACAGAUCCCACAGUUCCUGCUAGAUGAGUGCAGCAGGACUGGAGAACCCUGCAGGAUCUUCUGCACUCAGCCCAGACGCCUGGCUGCCAUUGCUGUGGCUGAGAGAGUGGCAGCUGAGAGAGGAGAGAGCGUGGGCCAGACUGUCGGUUAUCACAUCAGACUAGAGAGCAGGGUCUCCCCCAAGACACUGCUGACCUUUUGCACCAGUGGAGUGUUCCUCAGAACAUUGAUGGCUGGAGAUAGCAGCCUGACAACUGUCACACAUGUAAUAGUGGAUGAGGUGCAUGAGCGUGAUGGUCUGACUGACUUCCUGCUCACUAAGAUGCGGGAUGUGCUUCAGAAGAUCCCCACACUGAAACUGAUCCUCUCCAGUGCAGCUCUGGAUACAGACCUGUUCCUUCAAUACUUUGGCUCCUGCCCUGUCAUCCAACUCAAAGGAAGACAGUUUGAAGUGAAGGAAGUCUUUCUGGAGGACAUUCUGAGGCUGACUGGCUUUAAUAAGGACAUGAGAAAAUUCAAGGAAGAGACACAGAGAAAGGAAAAGAAGCAGAAAUGUUUGAUGGAGUGGUGUAUGGCAGUAGAGCACAGUUCUGUUGAGGAGAAACCGAGGACUCCUGUGUCUGCCCCAGGCGUCCUCCAGGACAGCAGCUCCUUGGACAGAGGGGACAGCACUUUCAACAAGCUGAAUGAGAAUGAUACAGAACAUCUGGAGCCAUGGCUGCGGAAGGAGAUGGACUCAAGCAUUUCCAGUGUUUUCCUCAGUGAAGACCAGGUUGCUUUCAUUCAGCUCUUCAACCUCAUCCUCUAUGAAGGUGUUAACGUGGACUACAGGCACAGUGAGACAGGGGCCACACCUCUGAUGGUGGCAGCAGGUCGAGGGUUCCUCACUCAGAUGGAGCAGCUGCUCAACAUGGGGGCAGACAUCAACAUGAAGGCCUCCAACGGGUGGACAGCCUUAGACUUUGCCAAACACUUCCAGCAGACAGAAGCUAUGGAUCUACUCCAGUCAUCAAUUCCUCUGGGAGAGGUGAGCAGCCUGGAAGAGUCCACUCUGGUGCAGUGUGGCAGUGCAGAGCUGAGCACUGAGGAACAGGAGCUGCUCAAACUGUACCACCACAGCUUUGAUGAUGACCGUGUGGACCUGGACCUCAUCAUGGAUGUGCUGCACAACAUCUGCUCCACCACCACUGAUGGUGCUGUCCUGAUUUUCCUUCCUGGAUACGAUGAGAUAGUGGCACUCAGGGACCGCAUCCUGUAUGACGAUAAGAGAUUCUCCACCCUCUCUGAGAGAUACCAGGUGUUCACUCUACAUUCAGACAUGCAGACUCUGGAUCAGAAGAAAGCCAUGAAGCCCUCUCCACCUGGUGUCCGGAAGAUAAUUCUUUCAACCAACAUUGCUGAGACAAGCAUCACCAUCAACGAUGUGGUCUUUGUCAUUGAUUCAGGAAAGGUCAAAGAGAAGUCCUUUGAUACCCUCAGCCGUGUAUCCAUGUUAAAGAGAGUUUGGAUCUCGAAAGCCAGUGCUCUGCAAAGGAAGGGAAGAGCUGGGCGAUGCCAACCAGGGAUAUGCUUUCACCUCUUCAGUCGACUCAGGUUCAACAAUAUGCAGGAAUUUCAGGUUCCACAGCUGCUGCGGAUGCCUCUGCAGGAACUGUGUCUGCAAACCAAACUGCUGGCCCCCUCGUCAUGUCCAGUAGCUGAGUUCCUGUCCAAAGCUCCACAACCUCCUGCUGGACAUGCCAUCAGGAGUGCUGUGCAGAUGCUAAAGACAAUAGAUGCUAUGGACCAGUAUGAAGACCUGACAGAUCUGGGCUAUCACCUGGCCGACCUGCCUGUGGAGCCCCACCUGGGCAAGAUGGUGCUGUGUGCUGUGGUGCUCAAGUGUUUGGACCCCAUUCUAACCAUUGCCUGUAUACUGGCCUAUCGCGACCCCUUCGUCCUUCCUGCCCAGGGCUCUCAGAAAAAAGCUGCUCUACUCUGCCGCAAAUGGUUUACCUCUAACACCCUCAGUGACCACAUGGCCCUGCUGAGAGCCUUCCAGGCAUGGCAGAAGGCCCGCAGUGACGGCUGGGAGAGAACCUUCUGUGAGAAGAACUUCCUGUCCCAGGCCACCAUGGACAUGAUACUUGGCAUGCGGACACAGCUGCUGGGACAGCUCCGUGCCAUUGGUUUUGUGCGAGCCCGUGGGGGCAGUGACAUCCGCGAUGUGAAUCUGAACUCUGAAAACUGGGCUGUGGUGAAAGCAGCCCUGGUGGCUGGCAUGUAUCCAAACCUGGUCCAUGUCAACCAGGAGUCCUCCUUGCUCUCUAGUAACAGGGAGAAGAAGGUCCACUUUCAUCCCACAUCAAUCCUGACCCAUUUCAAGGAGAACAGCCCAGCCAAAUUGGCCCAGGCCCUUCCCACAGACUGGUUGAUCUACGAUGAGAUGAGCCGAGGUCACAGGAUGGCCACUGUCCGCUGUUGCUCCAUGGUGACUCCCAUCACUGUGGCCAUAUUUACAGGCGGUGCAAUACAACCCAGCUCUGCCCUGCAGGAACCUGCUGUACAGAAAGCUAAAGACAGUCUGCUUGUUGACACCAGUGACAGUGAGACAGAGGACCUAGCUGAAAUGAGAGUUGAUGAUUGGCUCAUCUUCCAGUUGGACAGAGAGGCUGCAGGACUGGUGUGUGAAUUGAGGCAGAAGUGGCAGAGUUUGUUCAUCAAGAGGAUCCGUUGUCCUUCAAAACCCUGUUCUCAACAAGACGAGGCCAUCCUACGGACCCUGGUUUCUGUUCUUGCAGCAGAGGAGCAGGAAGCAGGCCUGCAGCAGCCCACAGGCAUUGGCCAGCGGCCUCGGCCCAUGUCAUCAGAGGAUGGCUCCCAGGCUUCUGUUAAGAACUCCAAGCACAGCACCCAACUACACACCAACACCACCAAUGACAGAGACUGGACGACAAGAGCGUUCCCUGCCAUGCAUCGUCUGGCAGCCAGGUGAGUUGGUUCAUUAGCAUAAUGAACGGAGGGAAAGCUCUUGUCAUCGAGUGUCUUUGUCUCUGUGGGGGAGGCGGGGCUAUGGGCUACACACACACAGACACAGUGCGAUCUUCGUGAAGGGGAGAUGAGGCGGAGAAAAAAUAAACAGUUGAGCGUAAGAGAAAGACAUGGAACUUGUUCCUAAACCAAAUGCCACGGCCCAUGUGUGGGAGUAUUUUGGAUUGAAACCAAAUGACAGAGGGGAGCCCAGUAAUUUGGACGAGCCGGUGUGCCGGGUUUGUUCUAAAACCAUUUCAACAAAAAGAGCGAAUACGACCAACUUAACUUGCUUUUCGCAAUAAUUUCUGACGCAGUUAAUUGCCCAGCAAAAUUUUUUAUCAAGACAGACCUAUUGGUUAGUACUAGAGAACAGCUGUAUGGCUGUAAUAAACAUUAACAAUAAGAGAGAGCAAUAAAGUGCAGCAGGUACCAGUGCAUCAGUACUGCUGAAAGAUAUUCACAUUUGACUGGCAGUGCUUGCUGUAUGGAUCUGUGUCAGCCUCCUGAUCAGCUUGUUAAUCAGUGUGUCUCAAAGCACAUACUUCUAUACAAAACACUUAAUAUUUUGAGUGCACAAGUGCGCUAAGUGCGUUCACACUGCAUAGUACAGAAAAGUCAUAGGCUGUAAAGAUAAUGGGUGUAGCCACUGUAACUUCAUCCAGCAGUUUGUGGACUGCCAUUUUGAAGCCUCUAGUUUGGCAUUUUGGCCGUUGCAAUCUUGGAUAUCUGGAGCCAGACAUGCAAAUUUUUGGAUGAGAUGGUGGCGCUAUGGAGGAGCGAGGGGAGGCCAGAGGACACUACGCAUGCCCACCUACACCAGCAACCCAACUGAACGCUGUACCUAGCUUCCUGUGCUAAAUUGCCGCUAACAAAGUUAGCUUCCAUAAUAAAUAAGGUAAACUUUGGAGGUAAGUAUUAAAGUAAUCUUAGUGACAGUAGCUAAUUGCAUUCGUGCCCACAUUUGGCAAAUAUUAGAUAUAAGACACGUAACUUUAAGCUUGUAAUGUUAUUGUAGCGUCAGCUGAAGUUAACGUGACUGUGUGCAAGUUACUGUUUAGUGUGUGGCGUGUGGUUAGCAUAACUGCAAUUAUGCUGUGGUUAACACUUUGGCUGUCUUGGUGAGCCGAUAGCUCAAAAGCCAGCAGAUGAAAUUUAGCUUAUUUAACUCAGUUAACAUUACACCACUGUUAUUGAUUAAUGUGUAGUAUUCUCCCGGUUACAUGAAGUAAUGUUGCAGUUCAAGGUUUAGUGAGUGUGUGUUAAUAUGAAUUCUCUGUGGCUAAGGUCAGUGUCUGUAGGCUACUUGCAUGCAGGUCCUGUUCAUUUCAGUGUUGAUGACA